CAGAAAGAGCAUCCGAUGCCAGCUCCCAACAUGACAGAAAGCCUGCGGCUGCCGGCGCUGCGAGUCCCCGAGCAGCAGGUGGUGGAGGGUGGCCGCGCCUGGUCUAGCUCCUCCACCCCAACCCUGCGCAGGAGGCGCUUCAAGAUGAAGCGGAUGAAGAAUGUGCAGGAGCAGAGCCUGGAGGUCAGCAGGUGUCAGGACUCUCCAUCCUCCAGCAAGGAAUACCUGCAGCUCCCCUCCAUUGAAAUCACCCCCUCCAGUGAUGAGGACACCCCCUGGUCCAACUGCUCUACACCCAGUGCCUCCCCGCGCCGCAAGCGCUUCCUCCUGCGGAAGUGGCUGCGAGUCAGAGAGAAGAAGGAGUACAGUGAGAGCAGCAGCCAGCAGAGCAGCCAGCAGAGCAGCCACGACGAUGACUCCUCCCGCUGCUUCCUGAGCCCUCCCAUGCCAGAGGAGAGCACUGCCAGUAACUCCAACCGCAGCACGCCUGCCUGCUCGCCCAUCCUGCGCAAGCGCUCCCGCUCCCCCCCGCCGCAGGACUGCCCGGCGGACGCCAUGGUGGAGAAGGGCUCCGACCACUCUUCGGACAAGUCCCCGUCCACGCCGGAGCAGGGGGUCCAGCGCAGCUGCUCCUCGCAGUCAGGCCGCAGCGGGGCCAAGAACUCCAAGUCACACAAGCGCCUCUCCAAAUAUGACAGACUUAACCUGCUCAAAAAAAGCCAGAGUUGGUAUAAUCAUGAGAGACAGUACAUCCGCAGAGUCUUGAGUCCAACCUACAAACAGCGGAAUGAGGACUUCAGGAAGCUCUUCAAGCAGCUCCCGGACACGGAGCGCCUCAUCGUGGAUUACUCAUGUGCUCUACAAAGAGACAUUCUCCUGCAGGGCCGCCUCUACCUCUCUGAAAACUGGAUCUGCUUUUACAGCAACAUCUUCCGUUGGGAGACUCUGCUGACCGUUCGCUUGAAGGACAUCUGCUCCAUGACCAAGGAGAAGACAGCAAGGCUCAUCCCUAAUGCCAUCCAAGUUUGCACUGACACUGAAAAGCACUUUUUUACUUCCUUUGGGGCUCGAGACAGGACCUACAUGAUGAUGUUCAGACUCUGGCAGAAUGCCCUCCUGGACAAGCCUCUCUGUCCAAAGGAGCUCUGGCACUUUGUCCACCAGUGCUAUGGGAAUGAGCUGGGUCUGACCAGUGAUGAUGAAGACUAUGUGCCUCCUGAUGAUGACUUCAACACAAUGGGCUACUGUGAAGAGAUCCCUGUGGAAGAGAAUGAAGUCAACGACAGCUCCUCCAAAAGCAGCAUGGAGGCCAAGCCAGAAGCCAGCCCUCAGCUGCCAAAGAAAUCUGUCACUGCCAGCACCUUGACAUCCACAGGAAGCAGUGAAGCUCCAGCCUCGUUUGAUGGAGUGCUGCCAGAAGAGGAGGAGGCAGUGGCAGAGAGUCCUGUGGAAAAAGACCUUGGCAUUGCCAAUAUCAUGGGAGAGAAGAUUGAGAUCAUUGGCCCUGUCACCUCCCCUUCCCUAGACUUCAAUGACAAUGAAGACAUCCCCACUGAGCUCAGUGACUCCUCAGAGACCCAUGAUGAAGGGGAGGUCCAGGCCUUCUAUGAGGACCUGAAUGGCCGUCAGUAUGUGAAUGAGGUGUUCAACUUCAGCGUGGACAAGCUCUAUGACCUGCUCUUCACCGACUCCCAGUUCCAGAGGGACUUCAUGGAGCAGCGACGCUUCUCCGAUAUUAUCUUUCACCCCUGGAAGAAGGAAGACAAUGGCAAUCAGACCAGAGUGAUCCUGUACACCAUCACCCUCACCAACCCCCUGGCCCCCAAAACUGCCACUGUCACUGAGACACAGACAAUGUACAAAGCCAGCCAGGAGAGCGAGUGCUAUGUGAUAGAUGCAGAGGUGCUAACCCACGAUGUCCCCUACCACGACUAUUUCUACACCAUUAACCGCUACACCUUGACUCGUGUUGCCAGAAACAAAAGCCGACUCAGGGUUUCCACAGAGCUGCGCUACAGGAAGCAGCCCUGGGGGCUGGUGAAGUCCUUCAUCGAGAAGAACUUCUGGAGUGGCCUGGAAGACUAUUUCCGUCAUCUGGAGAGCGAGCUGGCCAAAACGGAGAGCAGCUACCUGGCGGAGGUGCACAGACAAUCGCCCAAGGAGAAGGCGAGCAAGCCGGCGGCGGUGCGGCGCCGGAAGCGAGCCCACGGCCACCUGCGGGUGCCGCACCUGGAGGAGGUGCUCAGCCCUGUCACCACCCCCACCGACGAGGAGGUGGCGCACCGCAUCAAGCACGUGGCAGGUUCCACUCAGACACGGCACAUCCCUGAGGAGAGCCCCAGCGGCUUCCACCUGCAGAGUGUCUCCAAGCUGCUCCUUGUCAUCAGUUUUGUUCUGGUGCUGCUGGUCAUUCUCAACAUGAUGCUGUUCUACAAGCUCUGGAUGUUGGAGUACACGACGCAGACGCUCACGGCGUGGCAGGGCUUGAGGCUCCAGGAAAGGUUGCCCCAGUCCCAGACAGAGUGGGCCCAGUUGCUGGAGUCUCAGCAGAAGUAUCAUGACUCGGAGCUGCAGAAGUGGCGAGAGAUCAUCAAAUCCUCUGUGAUGCUUCUCGACCAGAUGAAGGACUCCCUGAUCAGUCUCCAGAAUGGCAUUGGGUCCAGGGACUUCGGGUCAGACCCAGAGGAGAAGCGGAAACGUUUCCACUAGCAGGCAGGCAAUGCAGGAGGCCAGAGGACGGUGUGCAAUAGGUGUAAAUAGGAGCUAUAAAUAUAUAUAUAUAAAUAUAUAUAUAUAUAUAUAUACACACACAGAAUAUAAAUAUCUAUAUUAUAUACAGAUUUUAAGAGAAAAAGAAAAAGGA